AUGACGGGAAACUCAAACCACGACGAUCAUCAAAGUGAAACAGGAAAAAAUACUGAAAAAAAGAGCGGAGAGAGUGAUGCUCAACGACAACGACGAUGUAGAGAGAAGAAACAGGUAUUAGAAAUACAUAAACAGAAUUUAAAACAAGAAAGAGCAGCUGUCUGGCAGAGGAAAUGUCGUGCGCGUAAGUACGAGGAAGAAACAGUGAAUACGAAUUCGAGUGUGGAUGAACGACAGAGUAAUAUUGAAACCGGAAGUCAACAGAAAAAUUCAAAAGAGACGAAUUCUCAACGACAAUGGCGUUGCAGAUACCAGAGACGGGUUUUUGAAACGGAAAUAAAGAAUUUGAAACGAGAAAAUGCUGCUGAACGGCAGAGACAAUGUCGAAUGCGGAAACGAAAUCAGGUAUUUCAUAAUGAAACGCAGUCAUCGAUAACGAGUGAGGAUAAUUCCGAUAAAGACAUAGAGGGUCCUACUAAAGUUGAAAUGAAGAGGAAACCUUCAAAAGCGGAAAAUGCUUUGCACCAACGUUGUAGAGAGAAAAAACGCAUAUUAGAAAUUGAGAAACAUGAGUUGAAACGUGAAAAAGCUGCGGAAAGACAGAGAAAGUACUGGAAACGAAAAUGUGAUGAAGAAAUCGCUCAAUAA